AUGGCAAUGUCCAAGAUGACCAUCACAAACUUUGCCAGUGCAGCAUCAACCCCACACUCCAUCACUGCACCAGCCAGUGCAGCAUCAACCCCACACUCCAUCACUGCACCAGCCAGUGCAGCAUCAACCCCACACUCCAUCACUGCACCAGCCAGUUCAGCAUCAACCCUACACUCCAUCACUGCACCAGCCAGUGCAGCAUCAACCCCACACUCCAUCACUGCACCAGCCAGCGCAGCAUCAACCCCACACUGCAUCACUGCACCGGCCAGUGCAGCAUCAACCCUACACUCCAUCACUGCACCAGCCAGUGCAGCAUCAACCCUACACUCCAUCACUGCACCAGCCAGUGCAGCAUCAACCCUACACUCCAUCACUGCACCAGCCAGUGCAGCAUCAACCCCACACACUCCAUCACUGCACCAGCCAGUGCAGCAUCAACCCCACACUCCAUCACUGCACCAGCCAGUGCAGCAUCAACCCCACACUCCAUCACUGCACCAGCCAGUGCAGCAUCAACCCUACACUCCAUCACUGCACCAGCCAGUGCAGCAUCAACCCCACACACUCCAUCACUGCACCAGCCAGUGCAGCAUCAACCCCACACUCCAUCACUGCACCAGCCAGUGCAGCAUCAACCCCACACUCCAUCACUGCACCAGCCAGUUCAGCAUCAACCCUACACUCCAUCACUGCACCAGCCAGUGCAGCAUCAACCCCACACACUCCAUCACUGCACCAGCCAGUGCAGCAUCAACCCCACACUCCAUCACUGCACCGGCCAGUGCAGCAUCAACCCUACACUCCAUCACUGCACCAGCCAGUUCAGCAUCAACCCUACACACUGCAUCACUGCACCAGCCAGUGCAGCAUCAACCCUACACACUCCAUCACUGCACCAGCCAGUGCAGCAACAACCCCACACACUCCAUCACUGCACCAGCCAGUGCGGCAACAACCCUACACUCCAUCACUGCACCAGCCAGUGCAGCAUCAACCCUACACACUCCAUCACUGCACCAGCCAGUGCAGCAACAACCCUACACUCCAUCACUGCACCAGCCAGUGCAGCAACAACCCCACACACUCCAUCACUGCACCAGCCAGUGCAGCAACAACCCUACACUCCAUCACUGCACCAGCCAGUGCAGCAUCAACCCUACACACUGCAUCACUGCACCAGCCAGUGCAGCAUCAACCCUACACUCCAUCACUGCACCAGCCAGUGCAGCAACAACCCUACACUCCAUCACUGCACCAGCCAGUUCAGCAUCAACCCUACACACUGCAUCACUGCACCAGCCAGUGCAGCAUCAACCCUACACACUCCAUCACUGCACCAGCCAGUGCAGCAACAACCCCACACACUCCAUCACUGCACCAGCCAGUGCAGCAACAACCCCACACUCCAUCACUGCACCAGCCAGUGCAGCAUCAACCCUACACACUGCAUCACUGCACCAGCCAGUGCAGCAUCAACCCUACACACUCCAUCACUGCACCAGCCAGUGCAGCAACAACCCCACACACUCCAUCACUGCACCAGCCAGUGCAGCAACAACCCUACACUCCAUCACUGCACCAGCCAGUGCAGCAUCAACCCUACACUCCAUCACUGCACCAGCCAGUGCAGCAACAACCCUACACUCCAUCACUGCACCAGCCAGUGCAGCAACAACCCUACACUCCAUCACUGCACCAGCCAGUGCAGCAUCAACCCUACACACUGCAUCACUGCACCAGCCAGCGCAGCAUCAACCCUACACACUCCAUCACUGCACCAGCCAGUGCAGCAUCAACCCUACACUCCAUCACUGCACCAGCCAGUGCAGCAUCAAUCCUACACACUCCAUCACUGCACCAGCCAGUGCAGCAUCAACCCCACACUCCAUCACUGCACCAGCCAGUGCAGCAUCAACCCCACACUCCAUCACUGCACCAGCCAGUGCAGCAUCAACCCUACACUCCAUCACUGCACCAGCCAGUGCAGCAUCAACCCCACACUCCAUCACUGCACCAGCCAGUGCAGCAUCAACCCUACACUGCAUCACUGCACCAGCCAGUGCAGCAUCAACCCCACACUGCAUCACUGCACCAGCCAGUGCAGCAUCAACCCUACACUGCAUCACUGCACCAGCCACCAGUGCAGCAUCAACCCCACACUCCAUCACUGCACCAGCCAGUGCAGCAUCAACCCUACACUCCAUCACUGCACCAGCCAGUGCAGCAUCAACCCUACACUCCAUCACUGCACCAGCCAGUGCAGCAUCAACCCUACACUCCAUCACUGCACCAGCCAGUGCAGCAUCAACCCUACACUCCAUCACUGCACCAGCCAGUGCAGCAUCAACCCCACACUCCAUCACUGCACCAGCCAGUGCAGCAUCAACCCCACACUCCAUCACUGCACCAGUCAGUGCAGCAACAACCCUACACUCCAUCACUGCACCAGCCAGUGCAGCAUCAACCCUACACUGCAUCACUGCACCAGCCAGUGCAGCAUCAACCCUACACUGCAUCACUGCACCAGCCAGUGCAGCAUCAACCCCACACUCCAUCACUGCACCAGCCAGUGCAGCAUCAACCCUACACUGCAUCACUGCACCAGCCAGUGCAGCAUCAACCCCACACUGCAUCACUGCACCAGCCAGUGCAGCAUCAACCCCACACUCCAUCACUGCACCAGCCAGCUAG